AUGGAUUCCCUCGAUGGCCCAUGUCCCAGGCCAAACCGUGGCAGAGUCACCUCCGCGGCUGUCUCUCUUGUCCUGGAACAUCGACUUUGCUGGCUCCCUAUUGAUCACCCGCUUCAAAGCCGCGCUGGAUCACCUCGAGAGCCUUCUUUCCCAAUCCUCAGCGCAGCCCACAGUCAUCCUGCUGCAGGAGGUCGACCAGGACUGCUUCGCGCCCCUUCUGGCACACGACUUCAUCCGCACCCGCUACCACAUCACGAACGACGCGUCUUCCCAAAGCUACAGCACGCUGACGCUCGUCCCGAACCCCUCGCCGCGUACGUCUCCGCCGUGACGCGUGUGCCCUUCGCGCGCAAUUCGGAGACGCGGAUGAGUCGCGACUGUCUAUACGUCGACUUGGACCUGCACCUGCCGCAUGCCGAAGAGCGAUCUGCCCUCUUCCGACUGCGGAUCGCCAACACGCAUCUGGAGUCGCUCCGCGGCUUUGGCGACGCGGCACGCCCCAAACAGCUGGCAAAGAUCGCGAAGUUGUUGACGGCGCCAGGGAUCGACGGUGGUGUGGUUGCGGGCGACAUGAACUGCAUCGCGCCGACUGACCAGGAUCUGCCCGAGGAAGUCGGUCUCGCGGACGCGUGGGUGAAGAAAGAGGGUCAUGAGUCAAACGCUGAAGGAGACGACACGGGCGAGGCGGACGGUCAUACCUGGGGCUACCAGCCUAAAAAUCGGUUUCCACCGCGCAGAAUGGACAAAGUCCUUUUCGCCGGAAACGUAAGCGCUACGAUUGUUCAGCGUGUCGGAGUGGGGCUGCGAGUAGAGCGCGACAAAAAUCCGGUGUGGGUCAGCGACCAUUAUGGACUGUUAGCAUCAUUGGCGUUCAGCCGACCUGCCAUUGAGAGCUGA